CGGCACUACAACGUUCACUUACCAAAAGCACCCAACAAAAAGCUCUUUCCAAUCUCUCUUUCUCCAGAUUCAACCGAUCCAUCAAGGCUUUCAAGAAAAAAGGCCUCACAAAAGAGUCCAUUUUCUUCUCAGCUUCCAACCGAGUCACUGUUUAAAGCUUGAAGAGUCUUUGAUUUUAAUCUUAGGAAGAAAAUGAUGUCUCUAACUCCAGAUCAGUUUAGAAAAGUAGGGUUGGGAGUGACGCCAUCUCCAUCUCCGUUCCUGACACCUCGCCCAGAGAGGCGCCGCCCAGAAUCGAGAGGUUCCGAUUGGAACAAUAACCGUCAUGACAGAGACAAAGAGGUUAAUGUUCAAGUUCUGCUCCGAUGCAGGCCACUCAGUGAUGAAGAGCAAAGGACGAACAUUCCAAAAGUGAUAUCAUGUAAUGAACAUAAGAAAGAAGUCACUGUUUUGCAAAGUGUAGCUAACAAACAAGUAGAUAGAGUUUUCACCUUUGAUAAGGUUUUUGGGCCAAAAGCACAACAGAGAUCAAUCUAUGAUCAAGCCAUUGCACCUAUCGUUAAUGAAGUUCUUGAGGGUUUUAACUGCACAGUCUUUGCAUAUGGGCAGACAGGUACUGGAAAAACCUAUACAAUGGAAGGUGGAAUGAGAAACAAGGGUGGGGAUUUGCCUGCUGAGGCUGGUGUUAUUCCACGAGCAGUUCGCCAAAUUUUUGAUACACUAGAGGCCCAAAAUGCUGACUACAGCAUGAAAGUGACUUUUUUGGAACUUUACAAUGAAGAAAUAACUGAUUUACUAGCUCCGGAAGACACUUUGAGGUGUACAGACGAUAGGCAAAAGAAACCCAUUUCUUUGAUGGAGGAUGGGAAGGGUUGUGUGGUUGUUAGAGGCCUUGAAGAAGAAGCUGUGUACAGUGCGAAUGAAAUUUAUACUUUGUUAGAACGAGGAGCAGCCAAAAGGCGUACAGCAGAUACUUUGUUAAACAAGCGGAGCAGUCGCUCUCAUUCUGUCUUUUCCAUUACUGUCCAUGUAAAAGAGGCCUCCGUUGGCGAUGAGGAACUAAUUAAAUGCGGCAAGCUUAACCUUGUUGAUUUGGCAGGAUCAGAGAAUAUAUCUCGUUCAGGUGCAAGAGAGGGACGUGCAAGAGAAGCCGGGGAAAUUAACAAGAGCCUUCUAACUCUGGGCCGUGUUAUAAAUGCACUUGUGGAACGUUCAGCCCAUAUACCUUACAGGGAUAGUAAGUUGACAAGGCUAUUAAGAGACUCCUUGGGAGGAAAGACAAAAACUUGCAUCAUCGCUACAAUUUCUCCUUCCGCUCAUUCUCUGGAAGAAACAUUAAGCACACUAGAUUAUGCCUACCGUGCUAAAAACAUCAAAAACAAACCAGAGGCAAACCAAAAAAUGUCUAAGGCUGUAUUGCUCAAGGAUCUAUACAUAGAAAUUGAGAGAAUGAAAGAAGAUGUUCGAGCAGCAAGGGAAAAAAAUGGAGUUUACGUUCCACAUGACAGGUUUGUCCAGGAUGAAGCUGAAAAGAAGGCAAGGAUUGAGAAGAUAGAGCAGUUGGAGAAUGAUCUCAACCUUACUGAGAACCAAGUUGAUAGGUUCCGUGAGCUCUAUCUCACUGAACAGGAGCAGAAACUUGAUAUAGAAAGUGAGCUAAGGGAUUGUAAGUUGAAUCUAGAGAAAAAUAGUAAGGAACUGGUUGAUCUUCAAGAGAAUCAUAAGGUAGCGAUCUCAACACUGAAGAAAAAGGAGUUCCUUAUCUCCAGGUUGUUGUUAUCAGAAAAUUCUUUAAUUGCACGGGCAAAGGAGUUGCGUGGUGAUUUGCAAACUGCAUCAGAGGACAUAAGUUCAUUGUUUGCAAAAUUAGAUCAGAAAGACAAAAUGGAAGCAGAAAAUCAAAGACUAAUUUUGCUAUUUGGUUCUCAUCUCGACCAGAGUUUAAAAGACCUGCACAAGACUAUCCUUGGUUCAGUCUCUCAACAACAACAACGAAUAAGAUGCAUGGAAGAACAUGCCCGAUCAUUUCUUGCUAGUAAAUGUGAUGCAACAGAAAUCUUAGAAUCACGGAUUAACAAAAUGAGAGAGACAUACACUUCAGGGGUAGCAGCAUUGAAGGAACUGGCCAGCACAAUGCAAAGAAAAUCUUCCUCUGACCUAGAGCAUAUAAAUGUUACAAUCUCGUCUCAAACGAUGGCUGUUGAGCAUUUUCUUGCUAUUGCCUUAUUGGAGGCAAAGGAAGUUAUUGACCAUAUCCAGAAUUUACUUGAUGAGCAGAAACAGCUGGUAGCUGUAUCCGCUCGACAACAGGAGGAGGGCCUAAAACGAAGUUUGGCUUCAUCCCAAGUAAUUUCAAAGGCAACAGUUGACUUUUUCAAUGACCUCAGUUGUCAUGCAUCCAAGGUCAUGACAGCUCUUCAGGAAAGCCAAGUCAAAAAAAUCCACCAGUUAGCAGAUUUUGAGAAGAUGUUUAAAGAAGAGGCUGCCAGAGAGGAAAAACAAGCAUUUGAAAAUAUUGCAGAAAUCUUAGCAGCAUUGACAUCAAGAAAAACAGCUAUGGUCUCGGAGAUAUCAAGGAACAUUCAGGACUUGACCAUACAAGAGGCUAAGAGAUUUCAGCAAGCAAUGUACAGCAUGCAGCAGGUUUCCUCUGAUGCUAAGGAGGAAAUAAGUAGAUAUGCAGAAAAAGCGCAAAUGCAUUUCAUUGAAGAUACAUUUUCAGUGGCUGAAUCAAGGGUGGCUAUGGAAAAUGUCCACCAGGAAUGCUCAAAGAGGGUUGACUACUCCUGGAAGCAAUGGGGGAAUACCCAAUCAUACAUUAAUAAUUUCAGUAAGAGCAGUGUAGUGGAGAUAGAGUCUGCUGUGAAGGAAAAUAUCAGCGAAAAUCAUGUUGCACAUGAAGAAUUCCUGUCUGCAUCAUCUGCCAUGGAUGUAGAUUUUGAUUCUAGAACUUGUGAUGUGUUGUCCGCUGUUGAUGAUUCACUGAUCCGAGACCAAGAAAGUAAGAAAGAAAUGGAAUCCAUCACCACACUCUGCCUGGAUCAGCUCAAGUCAAUACAAGAGAAACAUGGUCAAAGCAUAGCAUAUGUCAGAAGUGAAGCAGAAAAGUACCUUACAAAAGAUUAUCUGGUUGAUCAACAUUCUGGCGCAACACCUAGAAGGCGAGAUAUACCAGUGCCCAGCUUGGCGUCCAUUGAGGAGAUGAGAACACCUGCUUUAGAAAAUCUAAAAGAAGAGAAGAAUAUAGAGAACGGCUCAAAAUGGGGCCAUAAUGAGAUCAAGGUCUCUCUGCAAGCACAACCUAAUAGAGCUCCUUUUGCUGAUGUUAACUGAAAAGAAUUAUGGAAGUCAGGUUUUACAUGCAAGUAAGGUUUUGCUCAUCAACUGAUGAGUGCACAAACCCAUUGUAAGAAUUUUAGGAUUUUAUUUAAAAUGGUAAAGUCUGAGAUGAUGUCAUUUGCUCAUCCAGAAUUCUGUGUUAGGUUUAAUGUGUCAGACAUUAUUAUAUAUCUAUAAGCAAGUCCACCAUUCCAAUUUUUACCAA